GGUUGUUUAAUGUCUGCGCGGUGUCAGAACAACAUCCGAUGGCUAUCGCCCGACUACUUCUUUGUAUCGCGAUCUGCAUCCAGUAGCUGCCCCCUGGAACGGAUCUGGGAAAACUGCAAACGACGGUACUACUUCGCGAAAUGAUGCGUGGCAUCCAUGACUUUCUCCUCAAAAACGUCACGUCGGACGACGAGCUGGCGGGAAAUGUGGAGAGCGUUGAAUGUCUUGCACUGCAGGGAAUGUACGAGGUCAAUGCUGGCAACCUGCGAAGAUCCUGGCUUUCAUUUCGCAGAGCCAUCACGAUAGCCCAGCUUUUGGGCCUGCACCGAGGGGCUGUGAAUUCGUCCGAGGAUCUGGUAGAAACGAAACGCCAUCACUUGUGGUAUCAGAUUUCGAGAGGAGAACGUUACUUGUCGACCUUACUCGGCCUACCAUCCAGUACCGGAUCCGCGGGGUUUCCUUUCGAUGCUGCUGCUGCUGCUGCUGCUUGGCUCUCGCCGGAAGAUCUCUAUCACAAGAAUUUAUACCAUAUCUCCGGCCUCAUUCUUGCUCGUAACCAAGAACCUUGUACGCAUUCCUUCUCCACUACUCAGAGAAUUGGGGAACAGCUCGAUGCGCUCGCAGCGCAAAUGCCAGCGGCCUGGUGGGAAAUACCUCGCACCAUACUAAACACGCGCACCAAAGAAGCCUCAGCCCAGUUCGAGCGAAUCAUGUGUCAAAUCUGGCAUUUUGAGCUCGCGACGCUGGCUCAUCUACCAUUCAUGCUACGCGCGGCCACUGACCGACGAUACGAAUACUCGCACAUCUCGUGCCUAGACGCCAGCCGAAAUCUGAUCAAAAGGUGGAUUGCAAUCCACCAGAGCCCGCGCACGACCCUGGUCUUCUCCAACCUGCUCGAAUUCCAGACCUUCACCGCCGCGACCACUCUCGUUCUGGGGCUCCUGGCUCCGCAGAGAAGAAGCACCGAUCCGGACGUGCUCCAGGCGCGGCUGGAUGAUUCGCAGCUGGUGGAGACGGUCCUUGAGAGUUUCGAACGACUCCCGCGGCAGGGCCGGGGGGGGGGGGGAUGACCGUGAGCGCUCAGAGCGUGUCGGUCAUCCGCACGCUUCAACGGUUUCUCCACCACGGAACCGCAUCUGACCGACUGCGUCUGGAGAUUCCGUUUUUUGGAGUGAUUCUCAUUGCAGGCAGCGGGGCCGUGCAGCCGCUGCAGGGGGAGCGGAUUCUGGGGGGGAAUGCAGGCCACGGUUCUUCUUCUUCUUCUUCCUUAGACCCGGAUGGUGUGGAUAGCAGUGCAUGGACAUUCGAGGAAAGCGACAUGAUAUUCUUUGACAGCUUGGUGAAUACGGAUUUGGAGGGGAAUUGGAUGUUGUAGAGUCAAUUGGUACCUAGGUCGUUAAGCUAUGCUAUAGAACAUCUAUCCUUCACAUUACUCCA